AUAUCUCAUUUAAUGAUAAUAUGAUUUUAUAUUGGUUAAUCUGGUUAACCAAUUAACCAAACCGAUUAAAAUUUAAUUUGGUUAAUUUGGUUGUUGUGUUAUUUUGGACGGUUUGGUUAUGAUAUUAUAUUUCAUAGUUAAUAAAAUUUAGCCUUAUUUGGUUUGGUAAUAAUCAUGGUAACUAUUUGAACACCUCUACGGCCAUCGAAUUCGAAGCGAAGAAAAAACAAAAUAAUCAUAUUUAUUACUCCAUCUCUUUCCCUUUCCCUUUCCCUUCCCUCCCAAUCCGGCAAUCCCUCUAAUUUUCUCGCGCUCUUUCUUCUCUCUCUGUAUUUUCAUUUUCCUCUCCUCCACCUUUCUUCGGGUUCGCCCACCAAUUGCUUCUCAUCUAAAUCCAGUACCGCAUCCAUGCCGAAACCCUAGAUAGAAGACAACUGAUAUCCGGCUUCGCUUCAAGGUUCUGGUAAGUCAGUUUCUCUCGGUUCUUCUUUCCUCCGUCCGUCGCAUCUAUAUAACCCCCAAACCCUAACCCUAACCCUACCUCUUUUUUUAAUUACGAAGGCCGGCGUUUGCUUCUGGCGGUGUUACCCCCAGCUUCGGCUUCGCCCUUCUUCGGUUUGACAUUUCAGUGGCCAUCUCGGCCGUCUACUAGUGUUGCGGCUCACCAUGGCUGAUCAUCGGAAGGUACCCCCGCAGUCACAGGCUGGUGCGAAGGCUUCCGCCGCUGGGAGCCCUUACUCGAUUGAUUUGGUUAAAUUUAGCUCCCGUUUGAAAGCUCUGUACUCUCACUGGACGCAUAACAAAGUCGAUAUGUGGGCUUCUGCGGAUGCCCUAGCUAUUGCAACUCCACCGCCUUCUGAGGAUCUCCGGUACCUCAAGUCCUCAGCCCUUAACAUUUGGUUGUUGGGCUACGAGUUCCCGGAGACUGUGAUGGUGUUCAUGAAGAAGCAGAUACAUUUCUUGUGUAGCCAGAAGAAGUCAUCUUUGCUGGAGGUUGUGAAGAAACCUGCCAAGGACGCUGUAGGUGCUGAUGUGGUGAUGCAUGUGAAGAUGAAGAAUGAUGAUGGGGGUUUGCUCAUGGAUUCGAUUUUUGCUGCUAUCCAUGCUGUGCGGAGUGGUGGCGAUUCUGGUCCUGUGGUUGGCAAUAUUGCAAGAGAGGCUCCAGAAGGGAAGCUUUUGGAGACGUGGGCUCAGAAAUUGGGAAAUGAAAGCUUUCAACUUGGGGAUAUAACUGCUGGAUUGUCCGACCUCUUUGCUGUCAAGGACAAUGACGAGCUCAUGUGUGUGAGGAAGGCUGCUUAUUUAUCUGCCAGUGUGAUGAAGAAGGUUGUGGUUCCCAAACUUGAGAAUGUCAUUGACGAGGAGAAGAAAGUGGCUCAUUCAGCUCUUAUGGAUGAGACCGAGAAGUCUAUAUUGGAGCCUGCGAAGGCUGGUGUGAAGCUCAAGGCUGAGAAUGUUGAUAUUUGCUAUCCGCCAAUUUUCCAGAGUGGUGGAGUAUUUGAUCUUAGGCCGAGUGCUGCAAGCAAUGAUGACCUGCUGUACUAUGACCCUGCUAGUGUAAUCAUAUGUGCCAUUGGAUCCAGGUAUAACAGUUACUGCUCAAAUGUUGCCAGGUCUUUCUUGAUUGAUGCCACUUCCUUUCAGAGUAAAGCUUAUGAGGUCCUUCUCAAGGCACAUGAAGCUGCUAUCAGUGCCUUGAAACCUGGUAACCCAGUUAGUGCUGCAUAUGAGGCUGCCCGCUCCUUAGUUAAGUCUGAAUCUCCUGAUCUGGUCGUCCACUUGACAAAAUCUGCUGGGACUGGAAUUGGUCUUGAGUUUCGUGAGUCAGGGUUGGCUCUAAAUGACAGGAAUGAUCGGCUGGUGAAAGCUGGAAUGGUUUUCAACGUGUCUAUUGGUUUUCAGAACUUGCAAAUCCAAUCGAAAAAUACCAAGAGCCAAAAUUUCUCGUUACUGCUUGCUGAUACAGUAGUUGUUGGUGGUGACAAGACAGAAGUUGUCACCCAAGCAAGUUCAAAAGCUGUCAAAGAUGUGGCCUAUUCAUUUAAUGAUGAUGAUGAAGAAGAGGAGGUGAAGCCAAAACCAAAAGUUGAGGCUUAUAGGAGGGAACCCGAGAUGUCUAAGACAGCACUGAGGUCUGACAAUCAUGAGAUCUCAAAAGAGGAAGUUCGGAGGCAGCAUCAAGCUGAGUUAGCUCAACAGAAAAACGAGGAAACUGCUAGGCGGCUUGCAGGUGGUGAAGCUGGAUCGGGAGAUAGUCGUGGUGCUGCAAAAUCAUCAACUGAUUUGGUAGCUUACAAGACAGUGAAUGAUUUGCCGCCUCCUCGAGAAUUGAUGAUUUUAGUUGAUCAGAAGAAUGAAGCUGUUCUCUUACCAAUAUAUGGUAGUAUGGUCCCUUUCCAUGUUGCCACCAUAAGGACUGUCUCUAGCCAGCAGGAUACCAACAGAAACUGUUAUAUCAGGAUUAUUUUCAAUUUUCCUGGGACCCCAUUCAGCCAACAAGAUGCCAAUUCCGCAAAAUAUCCAGGGGCUAUCUAUCUGAAAGAGGUUUCGUUCCGGUCCAAGGAUACAAGGCAUAUCAGCGAGGUAGUACAGUUGAUAAAAACUCUUCGGCGGCAGGUGAUGGCUAGGGAGUCAGAGAGAGCUGAGAGGGCAACAUUGGUUUCCCAAGAAAAACUGCAGCUUGCUAAUAACAGGUCUAAGCCAAUCAGAUUGUCUGAUCUUUGGAUUCGCCCUGUUUUUGGUGGUCGUGGAAGGAAGCAACCCGGGACGCUUGAAGCUCAUCUCAAUGGGUUCCGCUACUCCACUUCAAGACAAGAUGAACGUGUUGAUAUCAUGUUUGCUAACAUCAAGCAUGCCCUUUUCCAGCCUGCACAAAAUGAGAUGAUCACCCUCCUCCAUUUCCAUCUCCACAACCAUAUAAUGGUUGGUAAUAAGAAGACCAAGGAUGUCCAGUUCUAUGUGGAGGUUAUGGAUCAAGUGCAAAAUAUUGGAGGUGGAAGAAGAUCCACUUAUGACCCUGAUGAGAUUGAAGAAGAACAACGGGAGAGAAUCAAGAAGUCGAAAAUCAACGGUGAGUUUGAUAGCUUUGUGUCUCGGGUUAAUGAGCUUUGGACGAAUCCUCAGUUUAAUGGCCUUGACUUCGAUCAGCCUGCGAGACAACUUGGGUUCCACGGUGUGCCUUACAAGUCCUCUGCAUUCAUCAUCCCGGCUUCAACUUGCCUGGUCGAGUUGAUCGAGACGCCUUUCCUUGUUGUCACACUAGCGGAGGUUGAGAUAGUGAAUCUCGAAAGAGUCGGCCUUGGGCAGAAGAACUUUGACAUGACUAUCGUGUUCAAGGACUUCAAGAAGGACGUCAUGCGAAUUGACUCCAUCCCUUCCACAGCACUCGAAGGCAUCAAGCAUUGGCUGGAUGCAAUUAACAUAAAGUUUUACGAGAGCAGGCUGAACUUGAACUGGCGGCAAAUACUGAAGACGAUUACUGAUGAUCCUCAGAGCUUCGUAGACAAUGGCGGGUGGGAGUUUUUGAACUUGGAGGCUACUGAUUCCGAGUCUGAUAACUCGGAAGAGUCGGACCAAGGGUACGAGCCUUCAGCAAGCGAGCCGGAGUCGGUAUCCGAAGAAGAGGAUUCUGACAGUGCAUCGUUGGUGGAAUCUGAAGAUGAGGAUGAUGAUGUCUCUGAAGCAGACUCGGAGGACGAGAAGGGCAAGACAUGGGAAGAGUUGGAGAGGGAAGCAAGCAAUGCUGACAGGGAGAAGGGGGCUGAGUCCGACAGCGAGGACGAGAGGAAGCGAAGGAAGGCGAAGACUGCUUUCGGGAGGCCAAGGCCUGGACCUCCUCCCAGUUCUUUGAAGCGUUCCAAGUUGAGAUAGAAGAUCUGAGAUUUAGUCAUUUAGAUAAAGCGGUGCCUUGGAAUCAGACUGCCCCCCGUUUCUCAUUAUAUGAUGAGUUACCUUUCAGGUUUCUCAACAACAGUCGAUGUCUUGUUAGGUAUUUGUGAGGUUUUGAGGAUUUACGCUUAUUUUGGUUCCUCCUUUUUGGUACUCUUCCAUCGUUGGUUAGGAUCUGCACAAGUAUUAUCGUAGAAGGUUUAAGAUCUUUAUAUGUCGCUUUUAAAUUAUUUGGUCAUUGGAAUAUGUAGUCGUUUUGAAUGCUUCUUAUCAUUAUUAUCUUCCAAGUUCCAUCUUUCAGCAUUGCAUUUUCUUUUAGUAUCAAAUCAAGUCAAGGUAUGUUGAUUCAGCUCAACGUAUAAGUUCAACUUUUUAUCCAGGAUCGAAAAACGGUAUCGGCGGCUCUAACCCUCCUACCGAUGCUUAAAUCGGUAGGUGAAUUUUAGCGGUAUUAAGGGUAUCAGAUACCACCUUUCGACAAGGUAUCGUUUGGAAGUUGCGAUUGUUAAAUAGGGGCUUGUUUGCGUCAUGGAUUUGAAAAAUGAAGGUUUUGGUUAAAA